AUGCAGUGCUACACGGAAAUAGCCCCGCCCACGGCUGUCAGCCAUGCCCUCCACCUCCCGCUGCUGCACGCCAGGGCAAACAACCUGGUCGUCGCAAAGAACUCAUUGCUGCAGGUCUUUGAGCUCAAGUCAACCACAACUGAGGUCACGCCGGGCGGAGGAGACGAGGCGGAGAAUGCAGCCGCCAACUUGGACACAGAGGCGGCCGAUGUGCCCUUGCAGCGCACUGAGAGCACUGCCAAGCUGGUCCUGGUAGGCGAGUUCCCUCUCACCGGCACAGUCGUGUCGUUGGCGCGCGUGAAGGCGCUCAGCACAAAGUCGAGGGGCGAGGCGCUGCUGGUGGCAUUUCGGGAUGCAAAGCUAAGCCUGGUGGAGUGGGAUCCCGAGUCGUACAACCUCCAUACAAUAUCAAUACACUACUAUGAGAACCCAGACUUGCCCGGCAUUGCUCCUUGGUCCGCUGAUCUCAAAGACACGUACAACUUUUUGACGGCAGACCCCAGCAGCAGAUGUGCCGCCCUCAAGUUUGGCUCACACAAUCUCGCCAUUCUUCCCUUUCGCCAGCGUGAUCUCGUCGACGAUGACUACGACUCGGAUGCUGAUGGGCCCAAAGAGUCCAAGCCUGAGCAGCAAUCUGCAUCGGGGUCUCACACAACGCCUUAUACCUCGUCCUUUGUCCUGCCGCUCACAAACCUCGACCCCACCCUUACACACCCCGUCCACCUCGCCUUUCUGCACGAGUACCGCGAGCCCACGUUUGGCAUCGUCGCUGCCUCUCGAGACACGGCCCCGUCAUUGCUCGCCCACCGAAAAGACAUUCUCACAUACUCCGUCUUUACGCUUGAUCUCGAGCAAAAAGCCUCGACUACGCUCUUGUCCGUCUCUGGACUGCCGUACGAUAUCACCAGAGUGGUUCCGUUACCUUCACCCAUUGGCGGUGCUCUACUAGUGGGAUCAAAUGAGAUUAUACAUGUCGACCAGGGCGGCAAGACAAACGGCGUGGCUGUGAAUGAAUUCGCUAAAGCCUGUACUUCCUUUCCUCUCAGCGACCAGUCAGACCUGGCUUUGCGCCUCGAAGGCUGCAGUGUUGAGCUUUUGUCUCACGAGGCGGGUGACGUGCUAAUCGUGCUCAACAAUGGACGUCUUCUUGUACUUACCUUUACGCUUGAUGGCCGUACCGUAUCAGGCAUGACAGUCCACCCUGUUGCAGCAGACCACGGCGGUCACCUCGUCAAAGCCGCCGCCUCUUGCACCAGCAACCUCGGACGAGGGCGCCUCUUUGUUGGAAGCGAGGAUGGAGACUCGGUCAUGCUGGGGUGGACUAGCACGGCAAGCCAUCUGCGACGAAAGCAGUCCAACGCGAACGUCGACACGGACGAGGACAUGUCUGAUGAAGAGGAUGUGGAAGACAUGGAAGAUGAUCUUUACAAUGAUACGGCCCCUGCUGUCCAAAAAAUUACGGCUGCUGCUUCGGAGCCUACUGCGCCGGGCACCUACACAUUCCGCAUACAUGACGUACUGCCAAGUAUAGCCCCAAUCAAGAAUGCCGUCCUACACCCAGGAAAGGAUACCGAGUCAUUGAAUAGGGGCGAGAUAAUUCUUUCGACCGGACGAGGGGCUGCUGCUGCGAUAACAGCCCUGAAUCGUGAGCUCCAUCCCGUCACUGUGGCUACAAGACAACUCCCUUCAGCACGCGGCACUUGGGCUGUGCAUGCCCGGAAACAGGCACCUGGAGAUGUCACUGCUGCUUUUGGUGAAGACAUGGAGGCCAACAUGGCCACUAAUGUAGACUAUGACCAGUAUCUCGUGGUAUCCAAAACUGGCGAAGAUGGAACCGAGAGCACUGUCGUGUACGAAGUCAAUGGUAACGAACUCACUGAAACUGACAAGGGUGACUUUGAGAGAGAAGAAGGCUCAACGUUGUUCGUUGGCGUACUGGCAGCAGGCACAAAGGUUGUGCAGGUAAUGCGAACUGAGAUUCGUACUUAUGACUCUGAACUUAACAUGGAUCAGAUUCUGCCAAUGGAGGAUGAAGAAAGUGGCAACGAGCUCAACGUCAUCAAUGCUAGCUUCGCGGACCCAUACCUCUUAGUCCUGCGCGAAGACUCCAGUGUUAAGAUCUUCAGAGCUACUGGCGAUGGCGAGCUGGAGGACGUCGAAGCCACCGGCUUGUCCAACUCACAAUGGCUUUCAGCGAGUCUAUUCAAGUCUGCUAGCUUCACAGAAGUUUUUGCUUUUCUCCUCACACCCGAAGGAGGCCUUCGUGUAUUCGCAGUGUCAGAUAUGGAGAAGCCAUGUUAUGUUGCCGAAGCUCUGAGUUUCCUUCCACCUGUUCUGGGCAUGGACUAUGUCCCCAAGCGUAGCGCCAUCAAGGCUACGAUUACAGAGAUCUUGGCUGCUGAUCUGGGCGAUGCAACGACCAAAUCACCACACCUAAUCAUCCGCACAUCGAGUGAUAGCCUCGUCAUCUACAAAGCUUUUCACUCUCCGUCACGUUCAGCUGCUGAUCUGUGGACCAAGAAUUUACGAUGGGUCAAGCUUUCUCAGCAACAUAUACCACGAUACACUGAAGACGGCGGUGCAGAGGAUUCUGGAUUUGAGAGUACUCUCUUGGCAUUGAGCGACAUUGGUGGCUACAGUACUGUCUUCCAACGAGGCACUACCCCGGCAUUUAUCUUCAAAGAGUCGUCAAGCGCGCCGCGUGUCAUUGGCCUGAGUGGAAAGCCGGUAAAGAGUCUGACAUCCUUUCACACUUCCAGCUGCCAGCGUGGUUUCGCUUACCUAGACUCUACCGAUACGCUCCGUAUCUCUCAACUACCAUCACAGACGCACUACGGUCACUUGGGCUGGGCAACACGGCGUAUGCCUAUGGAUGCCGAAAUUCAUGCUCUCGCCUACCAUUCUUCGGGCUUGUAUAUCGUUGGGACAGGACAGCCAGAGGAAUAUCAGCUUGACCCGUCUGAGACUUAUCAUUACGAACUCCCCAAGGAAGACAUGAGCUUUAAACCAACUAUUGAACGUGGCGUUAUCAAGUUACUGGAUGAGAGGACCUGGACUAUCAUCGAUACGCAUGUUCUCGAUCCACAAGAGGUAGUCCUCAGUAUCAAGACACUUAAUCUUGAAGUCAGCGAGAAUACACACCAGCGUAAGGAUCUUGUUGCAGUGGGCACUGCGAUUCUCCACGGUGAGGACCUAGCCACCAAAGGCUGCAUCCGUAUAUUCGAGGUCAUCACUGUAGUUCCCGAACCAGACCGUCCAGAGACCAACAAACGCCUCAAGCUCAUUGUGAAAGAUGAGGUUAAGGGCGCCGUCUCCGCAAUCUCAGAGCUUGGUACACAAGGAUUCAUGAUCAUGGCCCAAGGACAAAAGUGCAUGGUACGAGGUCUCAAGGAAGAUGGCACUCUUCUUCCUGUUGCCUUUAUGGAUAUGCAGUGUUACGUCAGUGAUUUGAAGAAUCUGCCUGGCACAGGUAUGCUGGCUAUGAGCGAUGCAUACCGUGGUGUAUGGUUUACGGGAUACACUGAAGAGCCAUACAGAAUGUCUCUCUUCGCACGAUCAAAACACAGUCUCGAAGCCAUAGCCGUCGACUUUAUCCCCUUCGAAGAACAACUCCACCUGCUCGUCGCUGAUGCAGAUAUGAAUCUGCAAGUCCUACAGUUCGAUCCUGACAACCCAAAAUCUGAAGCUGGAUCCCGCCUCCUCCACAAAUCCACCUUCCACACCGGCCAUUUCCCCGCAACCCUACACGUCGUCCAUUCGCGCCUUAGAAUGCCCUCAGCAUCCGACUUCGCCGGCGCAAACAACAACGAAGAUGGCGACUUUGAAAUGGACACCUCGUCUCCCGACGACAAAACCACGCAACCCCUCCAUCAAAUCCUGUGCACAUCUCAAUCCGGCACGCUGGCCCUCGUCACCCCGCUAAGCGAAGAUACGUAUCGUCGCCUAUCCAACCUCAGUGCGUACCUGUCCAAUACGCUCGAUGCAACUGCAGGACUGAAUCCUCGUGCUUUCCGUGCGAGCGAUACACCGGAUGGCGGGUGGGACGCUGGGACUGGUGCUAGGGGCAUGCUGGAUGGGAAUUUGCUGAUGCGGUGGGGAGAGCUAGGCGAGAGGGGACGGAGAGAAGGACUGGCAAAGUAUGGGGAAGGCGAGUGGAUGUUUUGGGGCGAGAGGGAAGUGCUUGCUGGUUGGGGAGUGUUUGGGGGUAGGGGCAAGUGA